GUCAUCAGUAGGCGCCACCCACAUGCCCUUCUUGCUGUCGUCCUGCGCAGCUCGAAACAACGCUUUUCCAAGCGGGAGACUGAGCAGAAGGAGAAAUUCACGAAAGAGAAAUGGCUCGUUGUCUAACGUUACUAAAGUUUUCUGUUGUGAGUUCCUGUAAGGCAAACACGAGGCUUUUCUCCUACAGCCAGAGGGCUGGAAACCGGAUCGUGAGAGCCGCAUUCAUCGAAGUCAGUAAUACAAGGCAGCAGAAGUAUUGGAGUAGUACUAGACUCUUGAGCCUCAGCAGUCAUGGUGCAAGUCUAACUUGCCAUUUCUACAGUACCCAUGCAGAAACAGCUGAGGAACCCCUCCACAAUAUCAUCAGUGACACUGAGAAUGUUCAAGGGUCCUUUUCCAAGCAUGAGUUCCAGGCAGAGACAAAAAAGCUGUUGGACAUUGUGGCCAGAUCUUUGUACUCGGAGAAAGAGGUGUUCAUCAGGGAACUCAUUUCUAAUGGAAGUGAUGCCCUAGAGAAGCUACGGCAUAAGCUGAUUACAAAAGGAGGAGAGAGUGCACCAAUGGAAAUCCACCUACAGACUGAUGCAGCCAAGGGCACUUUGACUAUUCAGGACACAGGCAUUGGGAUGAAUGAAGAGGAACUGGUUACUAACCUGGGUACCAUUGCUCGAUCUGGCUCUAAGGCCUUCCUGGAUGCUCUUCAGAGUCAAGUUGAGGCCAGCAGCUCUAUCAUCGGUCAGUUUGGUGUAGGCUUCUAUUCUGCCUUCAUGGUGGCAGACAAAGUGGACGUCUAUUCUCAGAGUGAAGAAUCAAGUGUUCCCGGAUAUAAGUGGUCCUCAGAUGGCUCAGGAAUUUUCGAGAUUGCAACAGCCAGUGGGGUAAGGCAGGGCACUAAGAUUGUGUUAUACCUCAAGGAAGAAUGCAAAGAGUUUUCUUCUGAUGACCGUGUUAAAGAGGUUGUAACCAAGUACAGCAAUUUUGUGAGUUUCCCCAUCUAUCUGAAUGGUCGACGACUCAACACUCUGCAGGCUUUGUGGAUGAUGAAACCCAAAGAAAUCAGUGACUGGCAGCAUGAGGAGUUUUACCGCUAUGUAGCACAGGCCUAUGACAAACCCCGCUACGUCCUUCACUACCAUGCUGAUGCACCAAUCAACAUCCGCAGCAUUUUCUAUGUGCCAGAGACUAAACCAUCCAUGUUUGAUGUGAGUAGGGAGAUGGGAUCCAGUGUGGCUCUGUACAGCAGGAAGGUCCUUAUCCAGACCAAGGCAGCAGAUAUCCUGCCCAAGUGGCUGCGCUUCUUAAGAGGUGUGGUGGACAGUGAGGACAUCCCCUUAAACCUCAGUAGAGAGUUAUUGCAGGAAAGUGCACUCAUCAGGAAACUGCGGGAUGUGCUUCAGCAGCGAGUCAUUCGUUUCCUAAUGGACCAGAGCAAGAAGGAAUCUGAAAAAUAUGCUCGUUUUUUUGAGGACUAUGGGCUUUUUAUGAGAGAAGGCAUUGUCACCACCGCUGAGCAAGAUAUCAAGGAGGAUAUAGCCAAACUUCUAUUAUUUGAGUCCUCUACAUUACCUGCUGGUCAGCAGACCACCCUCAUGGACUACGCUUCUCGAAUGAAAGCUGGCACCAGGAACAUCUACUACCUAUGUGCACCAAACCGGCAUCUGGCUGAGCACUCCCCAUAUUUUGAGGCGAUGAAGCAGAAAGACAUAGAGGUGCUUUUCUGUUACGAGCAGUUUGAUGAGCUAACUCUGCUCCAUCUGAGAGAGUUUGACAAAAAGAAGCUGAUCUCUGUGGAAACGGAUAUUGUUGUUGACCAUUACAAAGAGCAGCAAUUUCCUGACAGCAAGCCAGAAUCAGAAAGAUUGACUGAGCAGGAAGCUGAAAAUCUAAUGACCUGGAUGAGGAACUGUCUUGGCCAGAAAGUCACCAAUAUAAAGGUGACCCCUCGCUUGGACACUCACCCAGCCAUGAUCACAGUUCUGGAGAUGGGAGCAGCACGACACUUUCUGCGCACACAGCAACUGGCCCGCAAUGUGGAGGAAAGAGCACAGAUCCUCCAGCCCACUCUGGAGAUCAACACUACGCAUGACCUCAUCAAGAAGCUUCAUGUGCUGAAAGAUUCCAGUCCUGAUCUUGCACAACUGCUUCUUGAACAGAUUUAUGACAAUGCUAUGAUCACAGCUGGCUUGAAUGACGACCCACGUCCAAUGAUCUCUCGCUUAAACGAUCUGUUGGUCAAAGCCCUGGAGAAACACUGAGAACAACAAAAAGCUAGUGUGAAAGGAUUAACCAUGCUAGUGUUGGUAAAAUAUGGAGUUUCAUUUUGCCAUUGCUUCUGGCAUGCCCAGUGUUUGGAUUUGGGGCAACUUCUAAUAAUAAUGUAAUAUGAAGUUACACAAGUCGUCUGCAAUUUGAAAAGAGUUUUCUUUGCACUCUAGAAUAAUUACAGCAUUGAAUAAUUUUUCAUGAUUUUCUAUCUAUUGAAAUGUGUAUGUUUGUGAUGGAGUGUAUUUUUUUCUUUGUUUUAUUUUUGU